GUAGUGGAAGGCAGCAGAUAUGCCCCGGACCUGAUUCUUCCAAUCUGGACACUCAUACGUGUGGAGUAAAAAAGCCAGACGAGAAAGAUUGAUUGCGCUCGUCACAAUCUGGCCCAAGUGAUGCUCGUAACUUAGCUUCGAGGAGCCGGCUCUAAUCUCGGGGUCCUCUCUCCCUGUCCCUGAAUCCUACAGCUUGAUUGUGGCCAUCCGUUGCGGAUGAUGGUGCUCGCAGCCGCAGCGAGCGCACCGUCCCUCCAAGGUUGGAAACGCCAGAUCUCAGCUGUUACCUGCCAACAUCCACAUUCAGCCCCACGAACUGUGUUCAGAACAUCUGCAACAAAGAAUAAUGAGAGGAAACGGAGACGCUCCCGAAAUCUGUCCAAAGGCCCAGCAUUAAUCGCCGAAGAAGCUUCUCCGAGUAAUGGUGAAAAUCCCACGGCCAUUCUUGAUCUCAAUGGCGAUGGUGAUGCUACUAUCGAUGAGAAAGCUGCGGGUGCCCCAAGGAGUGCUGUUCUUCAGUCUUGCACUCUCACAUCCGGCUUGCUGCUUGCUGCAGGUCUCCUUCUUCGUGAGGCAUCACACGUUGCAUCUUCAAAUGGACUGCCGUUUGCUGACCCUACGGCCGUAUCUUUCAAUUUUGAAACUUGGCAUCUCGAGUUGGUCGCGGGACUAGUAAUAUUGAUAUCGUCUACCAGAUACAUUCUGCUUCAGACAUGGCCCGAUUUCAGAGAUUCCAGUGAAGCUGCAAAUACACAGAUCCUUACUUCCCUGGAGUCUCUGGAUUACAUUGUAGUUGCUUGUCUCCCUGGGAUAAGCGAAGAGUUCCUGUUUCGAGGGGCACUGAUGCCAAUUUUUGGAUUGAAUUGGAUAAGCGCCCUGGUAACUGGUGCCUUUUUCGGUGCUCUUCACUUGGGCAACGGCAGGAAAUAUUCAUUUGCAAUCUGGGCAACAUUCGUUGGCCUUGCCUAUGGUUUAGCAACCAUAGCUUCCUCAAGCAUCAUAGUCCCAAUGGCUUCUCACUCCAUAAACAAUAUUAUUGGAGGCUUACUUUGGCGCUUCAGGGACAACUCAGAAAGAGAAAUGUAGAAUGGGCAAUACUUCCUCUUGAACAUGUGGUACUAGCAUAGACUGUUUAGUUCUUACUGGACUCGUUGGUUAAAUCAGUUGCUACAUGUAUUAUCUGUGGAUAAGUAGUCUUCAAAUCAUUUGGUGGCGAUGUAAGCUGGUGAUAACAGUUUUACUUGUGUCAUGUUAUCUCCCAUACUUUCUGAGCUGCUGGCACUCUGGCUUAUACCGAA